UUAACUACUAUCACAGUCUGAUUGGAUCUAGGCAAAUGUGGGCAUUGUGGGAAAGAUGAACCAUUUAGGUUGGGCUUCCGUAUACGAUACAUUUCUCUUCUCUUGCCGCGUCUGCCUAGGGCUUUCGGCCUUUGAGUCUAGGUGUAGAAUUUCGGAGAUUGGCGAUUCCCUACUGACUGUUUACAGACCAAACCCAACCAUGGGAACACCUCUUGGCUUGCAUGUUCUACUACACACGGAUCUGUCUUUUAGUUUCCACAGUGUAAAAUCCUCAACUAGUAACUGGAAAUCUAGCUUGGAAACACAAUUCGGUGGACAUUGGUAGCUGCUGGAAUGGAAAUGCAACUGAUUCAUAUGACAGUGUCAAGUUUCGCCUUGGACCUCAGUUAAGUAGGUGACUGUGCCGGUUUGUCUGGUAAUUGCACCAGGAGCUCAUUUGUUUUUCCUGGUGAUAAUCUCUCGUCCAUACCAGGUCAACGGUUCUAAGAUUCUUAAUAGAGCCGUACGGUUG